AGGUCAGGCCACAAGGUCAACAUGACUUGUACAGCCUCAUUGACCAUCUCCUACACCCAGCCACUCUCAGGGAUACACUCAGGCAAUAUCCUACACCCAGCCACUCUCAGGGAUACACUCAGGCAAUAUCCUACACCCAGCCACUCUCAGGGAUACACUCAGGCAAUAUCCUACACCCAGCCACUCUCAGGGAUACACUCAGGCAAUAUCCUACACCCAGCCACUCUCAGGGAUACACUCAGGCAAUAUCCUACACCCAGCCACUCUCAGGGAUACACUCAGGCAAUAUUCUACCUCCUUUGUUGCAAUUCACUAUUAACGCAACAGUAAAUGUAUCAAUAAAACCAUCAGUCAU